GAACCAUGCCUUAUGUUGAGCGCAGCAAAAGCGACGCAACACCCACGAGUCUGGAUUAAGUCGCUUAGCAGCUGCAGCGUCGGCCCGAGUGUCAACAGAGCCGGGGGCAGGGUGAUAACAAAAAGGGUCAAGAUGGACAUGGGGAUCCCCGCAUAUCCGCACGGGGGGAUUUCCGAGGGGUUGCUAUAUCCUUAACUCCGGACUGCCAUCAAUUCAAGUCAAUACUAUUCCUCUCCACAAUCACAUUCCCCUUCCCCCCCUCCUCUCUCAUUCUUCAUAAAUCACACAAUGUCAAACAUAGUCCAGACCACUACACACCUUGGUGAAAUUCGCGGAAAAACCACGAAUGGUGUCUCCCAAUUCUUGGGAAUCAAGUACGCCACCUUGAAGAAUAGACUUGCAGAUGCCGAACUAGUCGAAAGGCGCGAUGGAGGCGUUCUUGAUGCAACUAAAGAUGGGCCCACCGCGAUAUCACCUCUAGCUGGUUGUGACUUGGAACUCAGCGCGAUUCAACACACCCUACCCAAGAAGGAACUCACCCAGUCAGAUGUGGACUGUCUGAACCUAAAUAUUGCUAUCCCUGCAGACACAUCUGCGCAUUCGAAACUUCCCGUGUUUGUCUUCAUCCAUGGCGGUGGUCUUGCGAUUGGGGCGAAUUCCUGGCCUCAGUUUGACUACGAGCGUUUCGUCAAGUUGUCCAUUGACAAUGAACUACCAAUUGUUGCGGUAUCAAUCAACUAUCGUUUAGGACCAUUUGGAUUUUUUACCUCCGAUGAACUGCGCAACGCUGGGUAUAAAGCUAACAAUGGGCUUCGGGAUCAGAGGGUGGCUUUAGAAUGGGUACGCAGGCACAUUGUGGACUUUGGAGGGGAUCCCGAGAACAUCACUGUUGCUGGGAUGAGUGCUGGAGCAGCCUCUGUCACAUUCCAUCUCGACUCCGAAACACCGCUAUUCAAACGCGCUAUCUUGAUGAGCGGCUCUCGGUUCUUUGUCCAGGCUCUGCCAUACGACGCGCACGAGGGCAACUAUCAACACGCGAUGUCGGCACUUGGAUUGCAAAAUGCUACGUCGGACGAAAGGAUCAAGGCCCUUUUGGAAACACCGGGCCAAGAUCUGCUUGCUAAACUUCCUCCAUCUGUCUUAACUGCUCCUGCGGUUGAUGGAGAUAUGGUUCCGUCUGCCGUAACAUAUGCGCAGGUAGCUGAUCAGACAAGCGAUAUCCCCAAGGGAAAACAGUGGUGUCGCGAUUUAUUGAUUGGUGAUGCCCAAUAUGAUAUCAACAUUCUCGCUAUCCUACUGCCUCAUUUGAAGAACGCAUGUGCAGGGCGAUUUGCGAAAGCCGUUCACUCCGUCUUUCCCACCAAGCAAGAACUAGCGACACAGAUACUGGCGAGAUACGGGUUGACUGCCGAAACUACGGACGAUGAGGCUUUCCCUGCGGUUCUCAACUACCUUAACGAUAUCUUCAUAUUGGCGCCAACGCUGACAUACACGCGUGGGUGGAAAGGGCAUACCAAUGUCUACUACUUCAACGAGGGAAAUCCUUGGGAUGGACCUUGGAAGAGCAAGGCUGGCCACAUAUUGGAUGUCGCUUACCUGUUCCAGAAUUUUAGAGAGUUUUUGACUCCUCCGCAGCAGAAGAUAGCAGCUGUGUUCGCAGUUGAUUUCUUCAAGUUUUGCCAUGGCAUUAGACCAUGGCCUGCCGUGAUAGACGGCGACAUCGAGAAAGGAUUUACGGCGCGAGUCUACGGGCCCUCCUCUGAGGGAGAGACAGUUGCACAAGUAGCUCAAGCCUUUGGUGACCACACCCGACGAAGGCCGGCUUUAUUCGAUCUAUCUGACGGAACGUCCUUGGAUGAAAUGGCAAGGGUCGCUGCCGUAUUUAUGAGAAGUUAGUACUGCAAGAUUUGAAUGUAUGAGACGUGUAACUUGCAAAGGAAAGACCAAGGUUGCGACUUCCUUAUUGAACGGGAGGAACGCCUAGACUGCAAUCAUUAUCUUUGUCUCAACAGACCAACUCUUCUACUUUUUUUUCCGCACAC